AGACACCACUUCCGGUGUCGCCACCUUCUUUGUCUCCGGCCCAACAUUUCGACACAAGGGGUUCUCUUUUUUCCCUUUUAUUUUUGAGGAUAUAUUUACAAAUAUAUCCCUAAUUUCUAACAUUUAAUGACAGUCGACUCUGACCUAUUUAUGCCUAAAAGUAAAGCUCCAAAAAUGGAUGACCUGGACUACAUCCCUGUAGACCUGAGCCCAGAGGAGCGCUCUGAGCUGGAGGACAUCCGUAGGAGGAAGGGCGUCCUGCUGCAGGAGAUCCAGAGGCUCAGGGAGGAGCUAAGAGAGGCGAUUUUAGAAGUGGAGGGACUGGAGACCAGUACAGAGGGCAGUAAAACUCUACAGAAAAGUCGUCAUGUGGCAAUGGGGAGGAAAAAAUUCAACAUGGACCCAAAAAAGGGCAUUGUGUUUCUGGUGGAGAACGAGCUGCUCAGACACACAUCAGAGGACAUCGCUCAGUUUCUGUACAAAGGAGAAGGCCUCAACAAGACUGCUAUAGGAGAUUACCUUGGAGAGAGGGAUGACUUCAACAUCAAAGUUCUUCAGGCUUUUGUUGACCUCCACGAGUUCACUGAUCUCAACCUCGUCCAGGCUCUCAGACAGUUCCUGUGGAGUUUCCGUUUGCCGGGCGAAGCGCAGAAGAUUGACAGAAUGAUGGAGGCUUUCGCUCAGAGAUACUGCCACUGCAACCCCGGAGUCUUCCAGAGCACCGACACGUGUUAUGUGCUGUCGUUCGCCAUUAUCAUGCUAAACACUAGCCUACACAAUCCCAACGUGAGGGACAAACCUGGAGUGGACCGCUUCAUCUCGAUGAACAGAGGCAUCAACGAGGGGGGAGAUCUGCCGGAGGAGCUUCUCAGAAACCUCUACGAUAGCAUUAAAAAUGAACCCUUCAAGAUCCCAGAGGACGAUGGCAACGACCUGACGCACACCUUCUUCAACCCGGACAGGGAGGGCUGGCUGCUUAAACUUGGUGAGACGAUGCCAGUGAGGCCUCUGCGCUUCGCUCUGCUGCGUUUCGUGUCGGCUUUAACACUGACGGCGUGCAGGGGAAGGGUGAAAACCUGGAAACGCCGAUGGUUCAUUCUCACAGAUAACUGCCUUUACUACUUUGAAUACACUACUGAUAAGGAGCCACGGGGCAUCAUUCCCUUGGAAAACCUCAGCAUCCGUGAAGUCGAGGAUCCAAGAAAGCCUAACUGCUUCGAGCUGUACAUCCCCAACAACCGGGGCCAGCUGAUUAAAGCGUGUAAGACAGAGGCUGAUGGGAGGGUGGUGGAAGGAAACCACAUGGUGUACCGCAUCUCUGCACCCACUCCCGAGGAGAAGGACGAGUGGAUCCACAGCAUCAAGUCUGCCGUUAGUGUGGAUCCCUUCUAUGAAAUGCUGGCUGCAAGGAAGAAACGUAUAUCACUGAAGAAGAAAGAGGAGCAGCCGUAGAUUGCUUCCUUCUUUCCCUCCUCUCUGCCCCUUCACCCCCGCUCCCUGUUUCCUUGUUGACCUGCCUUCCUCUACCCCAAACGCCCUCCCUUUCUGUUCCGAGAACUUCUUGCUAUCUCGUCUCCCAGACUUUAGUAAAGCCACCAUUUGAGUGGGCGGCUCACCUGCUGUGGCAGCCCCUUACACUGCUGCUAAUACGUCCAACCUGACACACUACACCCUGAGCACAAAACCUGUCCCGUCUUCUCACCUUCACUCCCAUCUUAGACAGUGAAGCGUGUCUUUGGCCAUCUUCCUACCAGUGCUGAUAACUUUCAAAGGCUUCCCUGAUGCCCUUCAUCCACUCUUAAUGACUCGAAGGAUGUAAAAAAGGACUUUCCUUCACCGAAUCUCGACCUAAAAGACACCAGAAAGUAGAAAUGUGUCUUGUGCAUGUCUAGUAAGAGACAUAAAACAGUGUAGCUUGUAUUAUUCACUUUCACAAAGCUUUUAGGGAAAAUGUGUGUGGAACAAGAAAAUAUGACACUAACAGCCUUUUGGGAUUUAUCUGCAUUGGUGUAAACAUGGUCAUCUUCAGGGCAGCAAGCAGCUUCCACUUCACAAAGUCCUCCUUCACAUGUAUCGAUGCCGCCUUUUUGAGAAAUGGCCUUUCAUUGAUUGUGCAUACCUGAGACAAAAUGUGAAUUCAAACACUAUUAAUAAUAAUUUUGUAUUCAGCUGUUGUUUAGGAAGUGCAAACAGUUUUGAUUUCAGACUGUGGCUUGCUCAUGGCUUGUUGUAGUUCUCAUGAUGGCUUUAAAUCCACUUCCACGUCGAACUACUGAGGCAUCGAGGAAAAUGUCUCGGCGUCGAUUUUCGGUGGAGUCCUGAGGUUCAGAGGCUCUUUUCGUGCAGUCGGGUGGCGAAUCGUGAGCUAAUCCUUUAUCCACCAUGAGCAGUUACCAUCAUAUCCUCUCAGAUGUAACCUUACAGCAUGCCGCGCAUCGUGUCUGUCGACGCCCACCUCUCACACCACCGCAGUGAGAUUCAUGACAUCACAAAGGCAGCUCAUUACAAUGUACACUUUUUGUAAAUAGACGUUAGCAUAUUUGUUUACAGAACACAUAGAAAUGAUUUUAAUUUAUUCUUUAUCUUUUGUUAAGAGCCAACUUUUGUACGAGCUACUGUAUUACUGCAUGUUGAUAGACGGGGGCUGCGGUCGUGAGCUCCGAGGCCUCGCCGACCAUGCUAGUGCACUGAUUUGAGAAGUGUUAAUGUUCCCUGUUGACUUGGAAAGAUUGCACUUAACAUUGAAGUUGUUUUAUGAUUAAGUGAAUGACCCUGGUGUAUACUUCUAAAAAUGAGAUGUGUUUAUCAGUCAGAAUGAACUCUCCCCACUUUUGGGUGUUUUUUUUUUCUUCUUUUUUUCGUUUCUGUCGGUGAAAUCGGACUCUUAAAAGCACAAGCUGAGAUUAGCCCUCACAGCUUUCUGCUGUCACAGUGCAACCAAGCUGAAACUGCAGAUACACUUCUUUUUUUUUUUAAGAGACACGGUGAAACAAGGAACACUAAUAAAUAUUUAAUUCAAUAAGAAGUAGUAAAACAUUCAAAAGUAAUGAUUCAGUGAUGCGCUUAGGUUUAUGUCCAGUUAUAGGUCGGACUAGAUUUCCGGUUCAUAAACUCUUAGUUUAAUGAAUUGGUCUUUAGAUUGUAAAGAAAACUGUCAUCUACUGCACUUUAUCCAGCAUUUAGGCGAGAAUGCUGUUACUGACUACACUACUCCACAGCGCCAUCUGCUGGUAAUCACACUCACCUCUCGGUACGCUGAAGGAUGUUUUAGUGUAAUAACACACAGGAUCAUCGCGCGGUCCCACAGUUAUAGAUGUUACAGGUACUAAUCAGCAUGUACUGAACUUAUCAAUCAUUGAUUCUCCUCCAGAUAAUGAUCAUGUCGCAUUAAGCUUAAAAGAGAUUUCUCUCUGGUAUCUAAACACUAAACUUCAGAGAAGUGGCUUCCUGACAGCCUGCGUUUUGCCUCCAUACGGCUGUGACUGGCCUGUAUGUAAAGCAUCCAUCUUUGUUUCUGUUUGUCACAGGGGCUGUAAAGAGUUGCUAUGCCGUCACUCUCUGUGAAAUGUCAAAGUGCAAAGUUGCCAAAACAUGACAAACUGAAUAUUUCCAUGUGAAAAUAAAAAGCUGAAAACUGAAAUGAUCAGAAUGAAAUAGGUUCACCGUUUCAGAUUUCACUGCAGUCACCUUUUGUAUUUAUUUUUGUUUACUGUUAGGUUAAGAUGGACACAUCAAUUAUGUACAUGUAGCAAGAGGAAAACUACCAUACAUUGGUGCCAGUAAAAUACUGUGUAACAAUAAAAAGGUAAACUGAAAUGAUAAGUUAUUUUCUGUCUACAUUGUUUCCUUUUUCAAUUGUCAAAGUUUUUUUCACAAAAGUGUAAAUCCACAAUGAUGCAUGAAAACAAAGUAACGAACAUAAAAAGACUGACAGGCCAAUGCUAGCCUUCCGUGAGA